UGUGGCCUUUGGGAAAAGAGGGGUGCAAAAUCUGAACUACAGAUAUCUGAAAACGACUCUACGGGUCUGCCAUGUGCUAAAGCCAAGCGAUGGAGUAUUAUUGCGUCCACCAUUUUCAACAUUUAAUUUUCUGCUGCAUCCACUGUUCAUCAUGGACUAUAUAUAUACGCGCCGUCGAGAUGAAGUCAGAUAAUAAAUCUGAAAUCCACAAAUACAUAUCCAUCAAAUUGAAUCAAUUGUCUGUUACCGAUUGCUUUGCGACGACGAUGACCGGAGUAUCAAGGAUCGCCGCCAACGGGAACGGAACAGCUCCGAAGGGGCAUUUUGUGGUUUACGUCGGAGAAGAGCGGAAGAGAUUCGUCGUUCCGACGAUGUAUUUGAGGAACGCCAGUUUCCAGAAACUGCUGGACGAAGCUGCUGAAGAGUUUGACUUUCAGUCUCCGGAAGGCAUCGUUUUGCCCUGCCAUGAAUCUGUCUUUCAUGACCUGCUUAUCCUUGCUUAAUUCAUCGAUUACGAGCAGUAAUUGUUCUUCUGAUUUGAAUUUACUGCUGUAAUUUUAAUAGCUUAGGCGUAAUUAGUUGUGGUAGAGAUUAAUUAAUACUAAAGUAAUUACAGGCUUGCAGUGUAUCUGUGUAUGUGUCUGUUAAUUACUCCCUCCGUCCGGAAAACAACUUUCUGGUUUGACUUUCACACAUUUUUAGGAAAUAAAUUUGACUUUACUGUAGAAUGCACUGUUUUGCAUUGUUUAAACACUGUUUGGCACUGUUUA